AUGGCCCGCAUCUUCAUUACCGGCUCCAGCGACGGUAUCGGCCAAGCCGCCGCCAAAGCCCUUGCAGACCAAGGCCAUUCAGUGGUCCUACACGCGCGAAACGCAGACCGCGCAGCCGCAGCCCACAAAGCCAUCCCGCAAGCCGAAGCCGUACUAAUCGGCGACCUAAGCUCAAUCGCCCAAACCAAGAAACUUGCCGAAGAAGCCAAUUCCCUAGGUUCCGGGACCUUCGAUACAGUCAUUCACAACGCAGGAAUCGGCUACGGCGGCACUUCCAGUCGCGAAAUCACAGCGGAUAAUAUCUCGGCCGUAUUCGCUGUUAACACGCUUGCGCCGUACAUUCUUACCUGUCUAAUGAAGAGGCCUUCGUCGAGACUUCUUUUCAUGAGCUCGGAUAGUCAUUAUGGAGGCGAUGAGAAUCUGCGGAAUAUUACACAGUCGCAUUCGUAUAGUGAUAGCAAGUUGCAUGAUACGAUGCUGGCCAACGCGUUUGCGAGGCAGUGGGGUGAUGAGAUUCAGGUCGUCAGCAUGCAUCCUGGUUGGGUGAGGACUAAGAUGGGAGGAAUGGCUGCUCCUGGAGGGUUGGAUAAACCGACUCGGGUGCUUUCCGAAUGGGCUGUUGGCCAAGGGAAGUGGGCUAGUCUGAAGAGUGGUGCAUUUUUCACGACGAGUGGGGAGGAGUCGGCGCACCCUGGUGCUGGAAAUGUGAGCAAGCAGGAUGAGUUGUUGAAGAUUUGCAAGGAAGUCUCUGGGGUUGAUAUUCCUGAGUAA